AUGUCACUUUUCCAACCGAGUAACCAAAUAAAAUUGACUAAUGUCGCAGUUGUUCGUUUUAAGUCGCAUGGAAAAAGAUUUGAAGUUGCAUGCUAUAAAAACAAAAUUCUUAAUUGGAGAAGUGGAGUUGAAUGGGAUCUUGAUGAAGUUUUACAGAUUAGGUCGGUUUUCACAAAUGUCUCUAAGGGGCAAGUCGCAAGGACAGAUGAUCUAAAUAUUGUUUUUGGAACAAAUAAUAUUGAUCAUAUUUGUAAAGUUAUUUUGAGUAGAGGCGAAAUUCAAGUAUCUGAAACGGAAAGGAGUUAUAUGCUUGAUAAACAGUAUACCGAUAUUUGUCACAUGCUUAGUAAAAUGACAAUUAACCCAAAGAAUAACUUGCCAUUAUCAGUAAAAAUGAUAGAAUCUGAACUCAAAAAAUCUGGAUUUUCUGUUUCAUUAAAUAAGACAACUAAAGAACAGGCAUUAAAAGCUUUUGAUGUUUUAAAAAAACGUAUUCCUGACCAGAUUGAGAGGGCUAAAAUGAUGUUGAAGUUGUCAGUAGAUAUUAUGAAUAAGCAAAAUAUAAUUGAAAAGCUAAAUGAAUUUAACGUAUCUUCUAUUUCUUCUGAAGAAAAAAAUAAUAUUUAUACUAUUACGUUCCUUUGUGAACCACGAUAUUACCGAGAAAUAGAUCAACUGGACUGCAAAUUACUUUUGCUUGACUCAAAUGUUAAAAUCAUGGAUAAAAAUUCUUCUUUUGAUAAUGUGGAGGUUAUUCAAUCUGAAUCUUCUGGCAAAAAAGAAAUUUUGUUCGGCUCAUUGAUUGAACCCGAAAUACCAUGUAAUAAAAAGCUUCUCAGAACAGAGGCAAAUAUUAAAGAAAAUAAUACAAAAAUGCCUGGAAAACAGGUUUUCUCGAAUCCAAGUAUAGAAGAAAAUAUAAAUGACGCCAAAUCAAAUAAGUUUUUCUGCCGAAAAUGUAAUAUUCAAUUAAUUGAUCAUAACACAUUUAGACAACACUACCGGUCUGAGUGGCAUAUUUUUAAUACCAAGAGGAACGCGAGAGAAAUGGAUCCCAUUAGUGAAAAAGAAUUUCUAGAGCUUCAGCAAGAUAUAAAAAUGGGAUUUCUUGCAGUAGACUGA